UGUCCCCUCAGUCAACGUGUGGCCUUGUGCUAGCUCACUUCACUGCAGGUUGCUGGAUUUCUCUGAUCCCAAGAUUACACUCGCUUAAGAAAUAUUCAAACUGUUGCAGUUUACUUUCAAAAUCACUGCGUUGGAAAAAUGGCGUCUGCAUUCACGGCUCGUUUUUUGCUCGCCACGCUGAUGCUGCUGAUGGCGAUUGCAACGGCGGAGAAUGAGUUUGCGGUGCGACGCGGGAAAAGAUGCAGCGAAGCCGGAGGUCGCUGCAAAAAGCACUGCACAAAUCGCAUGGAAGACGACUAUGAUUGUGACGUUCGCAAGGGAUCGCACUGCUGCAGGACAAGAGACAGCUGUCACAUGGAGACAAGCAAGAGUUGUAGCAGGUACGAGGGCGGGACGUGCCGGAGCGGGUGUGUGGGCCCAGAGCGCCUCGUGGAUGCAAGGUGCAGGCGGAACCACCGCCAGUGUUGUGCGAAACCCUGCAUCCCUCAGGAGUCAUGCAGUGAAGCCAACGGCUUUUGCGUGGAGCACAAAAGAGACUGCAUGCACGGAAUUUUGGAUCCUGACGGCUGCCACGGCUACAAAUGCAAGUGCUGCAAACCUCUGACCUGCAGCACGGCGGCGAAGGGUCGGUGUCCGAGGUUGGGCGGGACAUGUCGAGAACAGUGUGCUGACGGAGAGAGCGAGGUGGCUAAAUGUUCCGGAUCUCUUGGGUGUCGCUGCUGUGCACCAAUCUGUCUGCAGGCUGGAGGCUUUUGUGUCGAUCGUCGGAGGGACUGUAGAGGCGGCAAGGUGACCAGAAAUGGUUGUUCAAGCAAGAAUCGUUUGUGCUGCAUCUACAAAGGUUGUGUGUCUGGGAACGAGACGUACAGUCACGGGGAGACUCGUUACAACCGGUGCGAGAAGGAGCUUUGCAACCGAGGCCGCUGGAUGCACACGGGCCGCUUGUCAGAUCCCCAAUGUUGUGUUUUUGGUGGACAAAACUUCACCCACGGCCAGACGAGGUAUUUGCGGUGUGAGGCGAUUGUUUGUAACAGAGGAGACUGGGACAACACCUCAGUUUUUAAUGAAUCAACAUGUUGUGAAUUCAACGGUUCCUAUUACCUUGAUAAACGCUUGCGUUAUACCGAGUGUCACCUCUUCCUCUGCAAUAAGGGUCAAUGGGUGAACAAGGGACUCUCCUGCCUGAAUCCUGAAUGCUGUCAGACGACGACAACUAAGCGUCCAACAACACCUGCGACACUUCAGACUUCAAGGACAACAACCACCCCAUCGCCUUCCUACUUGACAGUUUCAGGAAUCGAAUCUUCCUAUACGACACUUUUCCCUCCUGAUGUAUCAUCCACAACACUAUCAUCAACUGCAACGACCUCCUCUGUCACGACGCACACUUCCACUGCCACCACCACUACCAAGAAACAAACAACCACAACACCGCUCACAAUAUCCUUAACGUGGAAUCCUCUGACAGCUCCUACAACACCCCAGAUUCCAAUAGUAACUCAGGUGUCACCAUCAAGGACAACUUCACGUGUCUCAACAACAGGUAUCACAACUCCUCCAUCGCCACCCCCCACCAAAACGGAAGAGCCACAGACAGUCACGCAGGUGCAGACAGACGCAACAAACGUGCCAACAACAACAACGACUCAGAUGACAACCAUUACAAAUCCAACAACUACAACACAUGUGUCAACAACCACAUCAGCAACACAGGAGCCACCACCAACAGCAACACAAAAGUUAACAACACAAAAGGUAACUGCAACACAAAUACCAAAACAUAAGACUACAACGCAUGAGCCAAUAACAACAUCAGCAACACAAGGACCAGCAACACAGAGACCAGUCACAACAACAACUGCAACACAAGGGCCAGCAACACAGAGACCAGUCACAACACAGAAGCAAACAAUCACAACACAAAAAUCAACAACACAAAAGCCAACAACCACAACACAAAAGUCAACAACACAAAAGUUAAUAACCACAACACCAAAGCCAAUAACCACAACACAAAACCCAACAACGGCAACGCAAGAUCCAACAACACAAAAGCCAACAACAGCAACACAAAAGCACAUAACACAAGAGCCAGCAACACAAGAGUCAACAACACAUGAGCCAACAACACAAAAGCCAACAACUGCAACACAAAAACCAACAACAGAAGAGCCAACAACUGUAACACAAGAGCUAGCAACACAAAAGCCAGCAACACAAGAGCCAACACAAGAACCAACAACACAAGACCCAACAACAACAACAAAAAAGCCAGCAACACAAGACCCAACAACAAAAAAGCCAGCAACACAAGAGCCAACAACACAAAAACCAACAACACAAGAGCCAACAACACAAAAACCAACAACACAAGAGCCAACAACACAAGAGCCAACAACAAAAGAGCCAGCAACACAAGAGCCAGCAACACAAAAAACAACAACACAGGAGCCAGCAACCCAAGAGCCAACACAAGAACCAACAACACAAGAGUCAACAACACAAGAACGAACAACACAAGAGCCAACAACACAAAAGCCAACAACACAAGAGCCAACAACACAAAAGCCAACAACACAAGAGCCAACAACACAAGAGCCAACAACACAAAAGCCAACAACACAAGAGCCAACAACACAAGAGCCAGCAACACAAGAGCCAACAACACAAGAGCCAACAGCACAAAAGUCAACAACACAAGAGCCAGCAACACAAGAGCCAACAACACAAGAGCCAACAACACAAGAGCCAACAGCACAAAAAUCAACAACACAAAAGCCAGUAACACAAGAGUCAACAACACAAAAGCCAGCAACACAAGAACCAGCAACAAAGAAGCCAGCAACACAAGAACCAGCAACACAAAAGCCAACAACACAAGAGCCAACAACGCAAAAGCCAACAACACAAAAGCCAACAACACAAGAGCCAACAACACAAGAGCCAACAACACAAAAGCCAACAACACAAGAGCCAACAACACAAAAGCCAACAACACAAGAGCCAACAACACAAAAGCCAACAACACAAGAGCCAACAACACAAGAGCCAACAACACAAGAGCCAACAACACAAGAGCCAACAACACAAAAGCCAACAACACAAGAGCCAACAACACAAAAGCCAACAACACAAGAGCCAACAACACAAGAGCCAACAACACAAGAGCCAACAACACAAGAGCCAACAACACAAGAGCCAACAGCACAAAAAUCAACAACACAAAAGCCAGCAACACAAGAGUCAACAACACAAAAGCCAGCAACACAAGAACCAGCAACAAAGAAGCCAGCAACACAAGAGCCAACAACAAAAGAGCCAGCAACACAAAAGCCAGGAACACAAGAGCCAACAACACAAAAACCAACAACACAAGAGCCAGGAACACAAGAGCCAACAACACAAAAACGUACAACACAGGAACCAGCAACGCAAAAGCCUACACAAGAACCAACAACACAGCAGCCAACAACACAAGAACCAACAACACAACAGCCAACAACACAAAGACCAGCAACACAAAAGCCAACAACACAAAAACCAGCAACACAAAAGCCAACAACACAAGAGCCACCAACACAAGAGUCAACAACACAAGAACCAAAAACACAGGAGCCAGCAACACAAAAGCCAGCAACACAAGAACCAAAAACACAAAACCCAACUACUCGCCCAGCAACACCUGCAACACUUCAGACUUCAAGGACAACAACAACCCCAUCGCCUUCCUACUUGACAGUUUCAGGAAUCGCCUCUUCCUCUACAACAUUAGUCCCUCCUGAUGUAUCGUCCACAACACUACCAUCAGCUGUGACGACCUCCUCAGCCACGCCAGACACCGUAAGCGCCACAACACCACAAACGUCAAGCACUGCUACCAGCGAUACAGCACAAGAGACAAUUACAAGUACAGCAGCAACACAAGAACCAACAACACAAAAACCUAUUACAACAAAGAAGCUAACAACAAUAACCCCAGCAAAACAAAAGCCAACAACUUCACAACAAACAGCAACACAAGACGCAGCAACAACAACACAAGAACCAGCAACAACAACACAAGAGCCAACAACAACACAAGAGCCAGCAACACAAAACCCAAAAACAGAAGAGCCAGCAACUGCAACACAAGAGCUAGCAACACAAGAGAUAAGAACACAAAAGCCAGCAACACAAAAAUCAAUAACAGAAGUGCCAGCUACACAAGAGCCAACAACAACAACACAAGAGCCAUCAACAUAAAAGCCAGCAACACAAGAGCCAGCAACACAAGAGCCAGCAACACAAGAACCAACAAUAGAAGUGCCAGCAACACAAAAGCCAGCAACACAAGAGCCGGCAACACAAGAUCCAGCAACACAUGAGGUAACAUUAACAACUCAAAGGCCGACAACUAUAUAAAUCUCAACAGCACAAGAGACAAUAACAAAGCCAACGCGAAAAAUGAAAAACGAUAAAAAAACAUAAAAUCCAAUUAAUACAACACAAUAAUAACAAAAACAACAAUCACCUGGCCCUCUCCCCUCCCCCCUCUCUCUCUCUCUCUCUCUCUCUCUCUCUCUCUCUCUCUCUCUCUCUCUCUCUCUCUUACACACACACACACACACACACACACACACACACACACACACACACAUACACGAAAAAUAAAAUAGCAAGGUAGUUGAGAAAUGUAGAUAUUAUUUUUCUUGUCGGAAACGAGUCGUCUCAUUGUCACGGUUGCUAUGAAAUUUAUACACAAAUUUGUCCUUUGUAACUGAAUAAAUGUUUGGCAAUCUUC